AUUCCCAUCUAGGUAUGUCCAAACAUUGGCCUCCUCUACUGCCAUGAUGAGGCCAAACUCAGGUUGGAGGAGCAACACCUCAUAUACCAUCUGGGUAGUCUCCAGCCUGGUGAAAUGAACAUUGAAUUCUCCAACUUCCGCCUUGAAGACAACCCUUGCCACUUCCCCCCCCCCCCCCCACCCCACCCCCGGCUGGGAUGCUCGAGCGUCUACAUCCUCUUGCUGAGGGAGUUCCGGAUUCCGACAUGCUUGGUGUGGGAACGCACUUCCCGAACUUCCUCUAAUAUUGCGGCUCCACGCCCCUGUCCUUGACCCCCGUUGCAGAGGAAGUGAAAUCCACCCUGGCCCCUCCCAGUGCCUUCGGCCAAGUCUCCUCUGGCUUCAAAACUCGACGGGCUCUCUUAAUGACCCUUCAAAGCCUAACUUUAUAUCAGUCAACUGGGAUGCAGAACGUAGAUUAUAAGCUACACCUAGGAGCAGACUGAGGCAGCCUACAGCAGUGUCAGGAAAACAAUCUCUCCCUCAACAUCACAGAAACAAAGGAGCUGGUUGUGGACUACAGGGGAAAUGGAGACAGGCUGGCCCCCAUUGACAUCAGUGGAUCUGGGGUUGAGAGGGUGAGCAGCUUUAAGUUCCUCAGCACAAACAUCCCCGAGGAUCUCACGUGGUCUGUACACACCGACUGUGUGGUGAAAAAUGCACAAAAGCGCCACUCUCAUCUCAGAUGGUUGAGGGUUUGGUAUGGAUCCCCAAAUCCUAUGGACCUUCUACAGGAGCACAACUGAGAGCAUCCUGACUGGCUGCGUCACUGCCUGGUACGGGGACUGAACCUCCCUCAAUCGCAGGACUCUGCAGAGAGUGGUGCGGACAGCCCAGCACAUCUGUAGUUGUGAACUUCCCACUAUUCAGGACAUUUACAGAGACAGGUGUGUAAAAGAGGUACAGGAGCCUGAAGACACACACUCAACGAUUCAGGAACAGCUUCUUCCCCUCUGCCAUCGGGGAGGAGGUACAGGAGCCUGAAGACACACACUCAACGAUUCAAGAACAGCUUCUUCCCCUCUGCCAUCAGGGAGGAGGUACAGGAGCCUGAAGACACACACUCAACGAUUCAGGAACAGCUUCUUCCCCUCUGCCAUCAGGGAGGAGGUACAGGAGCCUGAAGACACACACUCUGUGAUUCAGGAACAGCUUCUUCCCCUCUGCCAUCAGGGAGGAGGUACAGGAGCCUGAAGACACACACUCAGCGAUUCAGGAACAGCUUCUUCCCCUCUGCCAUGAGGGAGGAGGUACAGGAGCCUGAAGACACACACUCAGCGAUUCAGGAACGGCUUCUUCCCCUCUGCCAUGAGGGAGGAGGUACAGGAGCCUGAAGACACACACUCAGCGAUUCAGGAACGGCUUCUUUCCCUCUGCCAUCAGGGAGGAGGUACAGGAGCCUGAAGACACACACUCAACGAUUCAGGAACGGCUUCUUUCCCUCUGCCAUCAGGGAGGAGGUACAGGAGCCUGAAGACACACACUCAACGAUUCAGGAACAGCUUCUUCCCCUCUGCCAUCCGAUUUCUGAAUGGACAUUGAACUCGUGAUCACCACCUCACUACUUUUCGUUUGAAAUUUCUGUGUUUUCUUUUUAAACUGUUCAUUCAAUUUAACUGCUUGACCUCACUCCCACCCGUUGCUUAAUUGAACUGUGCCCGGGGCCGGGCUGCAGUCGACGGAGUGAAUGGCUGCCCGCUGUCCCGUCACGAUCGCACGAUUCCGAGUGGGCCCUUGCUGGUGUGGCCUCUGCGAGGGUCCGCACCUCGGCGUGGCGGAGAGGCUCAGGGGCGUUCUUGAGGCCCCCCCCCAAAAGCGACGCCUCCCAGAGCUUAGCGCUCCGGUGGCGGUAAGGACGCGGGGGGAGUCUCCAGACAAUGAGCUGUCCAAGCAAAACCUGGCUGGAGAAAGACACAACAGCGACGAAGGCUGCACCAGCAAAGCGUCCCCCCGGCGAUACCCUAUUCCACCGACACUGACCCCAGUCUGUCAAAGACCCGUGCCUCAGCCUCACAGCCACGCACAGGCGCUCUCCAUCAAGGGAACAACCCCUCCGUCAGGCCCGUCGCUGACCGCAGCAUGCCUGGGCCUACUGUCCUGGGUCAGUCCCCAGGCCUGCAGCCCAUCUUCGCCGUGGUGUGCUGUGACCAGCCACCCCUCUGCUUCAACCGGGCUAGCCUGGCGAUUUAUUAACAACCCCUCCGUCAGGCCGGCCGCUGACCGCAGCAUGCCUGGGCCUACUGUCCUGGGUCAGUCCCCAGGCCUGCAGCCCAUCUUCACCGUGGUAUGCUGUGACCAGCCACCCCUCCCCUUCUGCCCGGGCUAGCCUGGCGAUUUAUUAACAACCCCUCCGUCAGGCCGGCCGCUGACCGCAGCACGCCUGGGCCUACUGUCCUGGGUCAGUCCCCAGGCCUGCAGCCCAUCUUCGCCGUGGUGUGCUGUGGCCAGCCACCCCUCUGCUUCUACUGGGCUAGCCUGGCGAUUUAUUAACAACCCCUCUGUCAGGCCGGCCGCUGACCGCAGCACGCCUGGGCCUACUGUCCUGGGUCAGUCCCCAGGCCUGCAGCCCAUCUUUGCUGCGGUGUGCUGUGGCCAGCCGCUCCUCCCCUUCUGCCCGGGCUAGCCUGGCAAUUUAUUAACAACCCCUCCGUCAGGCCGGCUGCUGACCGCAGCAUGCCUGGGCCUACUGUCCUGGGUCAGUCCCCAGGCCUGCAGCCCAUCUUCGCCGUGGUGUGCUGUGACCAGCCACCCCUCUGCUUCUACCCGGGCUAGCCUGGCGAUUUAUUAACCAAAAUAUACUUUGUUCAAAACUAAAAUUACGUACAAUAAACUAUUCAGUGACUCUCAGUCCUUUACAAAUGUUUCCAUUACAUUCUCAACAUUUCCACACUUUUAGCCACCCAGGUGGCAUAGUGUUAUUUCACAUUUACAUAUACUCCCCCACUACCACUUGUACAAUGUCCUGUGUAUGUUACUCAAAAUGGGUUUUUUUGGUUUGUUAAGAGUAGGAAUGCUUCUUUGUCUGAUAAGUGUUUCUCUUGCGGUUGUUUUGCUUUAUACUUGUUGAUACGGUAAUUGUAUUCAUUUGUUAACCAAUGGGGAAUGUCAUUGUGUCUUGUGAGGCUGGGAGCUUGGGGGAGGGGUUUUUUCGCGGGCUUUUGGUGGGGAGAGCGGGAGGAAGACGCCGAGGAAGGUGGACGUGCGCUGCACUGCUCGGAAGACCACCGGGGGUGGUCCUAGGUGCGAAGACGUGGAGGUCGGAGGCAAGCGACGAGCGGUCGAAUGGUUCGAUGUUUGAGCUCCAACGAUGUGCACUAAACCGACUGAACUUUGAUAAGUUGGCGCCUUUUUGUUUUUUUCCCUUGCAUAUAUAUUGUAUUGCCUAAUACUCUUUUAAUUUUAGUAAACUCUUUAAAGUGUAUUUCAUAACGGUAUUUGUUGUGGG